CACCAUGAGAGUGUUUGUGUUUUCCCAGCGCUCUGCUGUGACAAACAUGUUUUCUCUCAUGCUCCGGAAGACAUUUUGGCUUGCAGCACAAUGGAGAGUUGCCCCCACGCUGCAGCCCCUCUUCCCCAGGGUUUCGGGAUGUUUGGUUAGAGAUUGCCAAACCACUGUGGAGUCAUGCAGACGAGGCCUCAGCAGCUCCAGUGGCUGGACGGGACAGGAGAGCCUGGCCCAGGAUGACCCAGAGAUGUGGAGCCUCCUGCAGCAGGAGAAGGACCGGCAGUGUCGCGGCCUGGAGCUCAUCGCAUCAGAGAACUUUUGCAGCCGUGCGGCGCUCGAGGCCCAGGGCUCAUGUCUGAACAACAAGUACUCUGAGGGCUACCCAGGACAAAGGUACUAUGGCGGUGCAGAGGUAGUGGAUCAGAUUGAGUUGCUGUGUCAGAAACGAGCGCUCGCCGCCUUCGGUCUGGACCCCAGUUUGUGGGGCGUCAACGUCCAGCCAUACUCCGGCUCCCCCGCUAACUUUGCAGCCUACACGUCUGUGCUUCAGCCUCACGACCGCAUCAUGGGCCUGGAUCUGCCUGACGGAGGACACCUUACCCAUGGCUACAUGACAGAUGCUAAGAGGAUCUCGGCCACCUCCAUCUACUUUGAGUCGAUGCCUUACAAGCUGGACCCCAAAACAGGUCUCAUAGAUUAUGAGCAGCUGGAGACGACGGCCCGGCUCUUCAGGCCCAGACUCAUCAUCGCAGGAACCAGCGCCUACGCUCGCCUCAUCGACUACGCUCGCAUGAAGAAGCUGUGUGUGGAGCUUAAAGCCUACCUGCUGGCAGAUAUGGCUCAUAUCAGCGGCCUAGUGGCAGCAGGGGCUGUUCCAUCCCCUUUCCACCAUGCUGACCUGGUCACAUCCACUACCCAUAAGUCCCUGCGUGGAGCGAGGGCCGGUCUGAUCUUCUACCGCAAAGGCGUGCGAUCUGUGGAUAACAAAGGUCGGGAGGUGACCUACGACCUCCAGGACAGGGUGAACUUUGCCGUUUUCCCUUCGCUUCAGGGAGGGCCUCACAACCACGCCAUUGCCGGGGUGGCCGUCGCCCUAAAACAGGCGUCCACUCCCAUGUUCAAAAAGUACAUCAGUCAAGUGAUGCUGAACGCCAAGGCCAUGGCUGACGCCCUGCUGAAGAGAGGCUACACCCUGGUGUCAGGUGGAACCGACAACCAUCUGGUCUUAGUUGACCUACGACCUCGCGGCAUGGAUGGGGCUCGGGCCGAGAGGGUCCUGGAGCUGGUGUCCAUCACCGCCAACAAGAACACCUGCCCAGGAGACAAGAGCGCCCUCACUCCAGGAGGACUCAGGCUCGGAACUCCGGCUCUGACGUCCCGACAGUUCAACGAGACAGACUUCAAGAAGGUUGUGGAAUUAAUUGAUGAAGGGAUUCAGAUCGCACUAGAUGUGAAGAAGAAGACUGGAAACCUGGCCAGCUUCAGGUCCUUCCUGCUGCAGGACCCAGAGACAGUGUCACGCAUCUCAGAGCUCCGCCAGCGGGUGGAGCUAUUCUCAAGACCCUUCCCCAUGCCAGGAUUCACUGACCACUGACUACACACCCUCACGACCCCAUGGACAUACUGGAUCCUUCAGACCUGCUCUAAUGUCACGUGUCAAAGUAUUGAGACCGGCCAGAAUAUAAUAUUGUCAUUUUAUCUUAGCUGUAUAAGCAUCUCAUUCAGAAGAAAUAUAUAAUAAUUAGACGUUGACUACUUAUAAGGGUACUGGCCAAAAAAGUUGGACUACUUUGAAAAGUAAGUGUGGGAAACAUGUUUGUUUGAUGACAUGAUUGAUAAUGCUACUCAUUUACAUCAAGUUGGGAUUCAUUUUAUGAAAUACUGUACUCUGCUGUACAUUCUCUGGCAGUUGAUAAAUUGACAUGUUUCCUCUUGAGAGACAGAACAUCUAAUAGACGACAGUAAUUCUACUUAUGUAUUUGGCUUUUUGUCACCAAACUCUUUUAAGAGCCCUUGUCGAAGUCAGGCUUUGUCCGGGAGCCUGGGAAACUCACAGCAGCUGCUUUGGGAAUUGAAAGACACUCACAGUUUACACCGGUAUGCACCCACAACACAACAAACCAGAAACGAUUAUACAAACUUAAUUUGGGGGGGUAAAACAUACUAAUGUCACAUACUUUACCUACACUUUGAUUUGUUAUUGAAAUAAAAAGUCUGAGUACAA